AUGUCGACCACUCCCGCUCCCGCAGCCUCGCCGGUUCCCGUUGCGACCGAGCAGAACACCCAGCAGCCCGCAGGAGACGUCCCGCUCGACGCCAACGGCCAGCCGCUGACCAAGUCGGCGUUGAAGCGCCUCCAGAAGGAAAGGGACCUCGCGGCGAAGAAGGCGCUCAAGCAGGCGCAGAACCAGGGCAAGCCUGCUCCGGCGGCGCAGGCGGGCGAGGGGAAGAAGAAGGAGAAGCCCGCGAAGAAGGAGGAGGUUGUCGAGGAGCCCCCGUACGGCGAGACCCAGGAUGGCGACAAGAAGGACCUCUCGCGCCCCAUGGCCGCCGGCUACAACCCCGACCACGUUGAGAAGUCAUGGUACUCAUGGUGGCGCUCGCACAACUUCUUCGUCCCCGCCAUCCCCUCUUCGUCGCCCUCCGAGUUCUCCCACUUCGAUGCCAACCCGCAGUUUGUCCCGCGGGAAGGCAGUGGUGAUGUCGACUGGAGCAAGAUCGACCCCGAGAAGACGUUCGUCAUUCCUGCGCCCCCGCCCAAUGUCACAGGCAGCCUGCACAUCGGACACGCCCUCGCUUUCGGUUUGCAGGACACCCUCAUUCGCUGGCACCGCAUGCGCGGCUACACCACCCUCUUCGUCCCCGGCUACGACCACGCUGGUAUCUCGACUCAGUCGGUCGUCGAGAAGCGCCUCGCCAAGCUCGAGGGUCUCUCGCGACACGAUCUCGGGCGCGAGAAGUUCCUUGAGCGGUGUAUGGCAUGGAAGGAAGAGUACCAGACGCGCAUCACGAACCAGAUCUGCCGCCUCGGUGUCUCGUGCGACUGGGACCGCGUCGCGUUCACCAUGAACCCUCAGCUGUCGAAGGCUGUCGCCGAGACCUUCGUCCGCCUGCACGACGACGGCAUCAUUUACCGCGCGAACCGCCUCGUCAACUGGUGUGUUGCGAUGAACACGACGCUGUCAAACUUGGAGGUCGACCAAAAAGUCCUCACGGGCCGCACCCAGCUUCCUGUCCCCGGAUACGACCCGAAGGAGAAGUUCGAGUUCGGAGUCAUCACCUCGUUCGCCUACCCUCUCGAGGGCUCCGACGAGAAGAUUGUCAUCGCCACGACUCGUCCGGAGACGCUGCUUGGUGACACUGCGAUUGCCGUCCACCCGGACGAUGAGCGGUACAAGCACCUCCACGGCAAGUACGCCCUCCACCCCUUCCUCGACCGCCGCCUCCCCAUCAUCACCGACUCGAUCGCCGUCGACAUGUCGUUCGGUACCGGUGCCGUCAAGAUGACACCCGCGCACGACCCGAACGACUACGAAGUCGGCAUGCGCCACAAGCUCGACUUCAUCAACAUCCUCAACGACGACGGCACGCUCAACGCCAACGCCGGACCAGAGUUCGAGGGCAUGAAGCGCUUCCACGCGAGGAAGAAGGUUGUCGAGGAGAUGAAGAAGAAGGGGCUCUAUGUCGGCGACGCGGAGAACCCGAUGAGCAUCCCGGUCUGCUCGAAGAGCGGCGACUUCAUCGAGUCGGUCAUGAAGCCGCAGUGGUGGGUCAGCUGCAAGGCGUUGGCGGACAAGGCUAUUGAGCGAACCAAGGCUGGCGAGCUCAAGAUCCGCCCCGCCGCGUCCGAAGGCGACUGGUACCGCUGGCUCGAGGGCAUCCAGGACUGGUGCAUCUCGCGCCAGCUCUGGUGGGGUCACCGUGCGCCGGCAUACUUUGUUAACCUCGAGGGAGAGGCUGCCGACCGCAUGAACAACGACUUCUGGGUUUCCGGCCGCGACCGCGCCGAGGCCGAGUCUCGCGCUGCGGCCAAGUUCCCCAACAAGCAGUUCACGCUCGAGCAGGACGACGACGUUCUCGACACCUGGUUCUCGUCAGGUCUCUGGCCGUUCUCGAUCCAGGGCUGGCCCGAUAAGACCCCCGACCUCGAGCACUUCUACCCUUCGUCGCUCCUCGAGACUGGCUGGGACAUCCUCUUCUUCUGGGUCGCACGCAUGGUCCUCCUCGGCAUCUACCUUACCGGCCAGGUCCCUUUCUCCGAGGUUUUCUGCCACGCCAUGAUCCGCGACGCGCACGGUCGCAAGAUGUCCAAGUCGCUCGGCAACGUCAUCGACCCCAUCGAUGUCAUCGAGGGCGCGUCGCUCGAUGCACUCCACGCCCAGCUCCGGACGGGCAACCUCGCCGCGAAGGAGGUCGAGCUCGCCGAGAAGGGACAGAAGAAGGACUUCCCGAACGGCAUUCCCCAGUGCGGUACCGACGCCCUCCGUUUCGCCUUGGCCAACUACUCGUCGACCGGCCGCGACAUCAACCUCGAGAUCUUGCGUGUCGAGGGUUACCGCAAGUUCUGCAACAAGCUCUGGAACGCUACCAAGUUUGCGAUGCUCAAGCUCGAGGGCGACUUUGUCCCGCCUCAGUCGGAGAAGCCUACCGGUCAGGAGUCGCUCGCCGAGAAGUGGAUCCUCCACAAGCUCAACCUCGCUACCGGGAAGGCCAACGCCGCCUUGCACGAGCGCAACUUCAUGUCGGCAACCUCGGAUGCCUACGCGUUCUGGCUCUACGAGAUCUGCGACGUCUACAUCGAGGCGAUCAAGCUCAUCACCGAUCCCGCCGCGAAGGACGUUGACGCCCGCCGCUCUGCCCAAAACACCCUCUACACCGUUCUCGACAACGGUCUCCGCCUCCUCCACCCCUUCAUGCCCUUCGUUACCGAGGAGCUCUGGCAGCGCCUCCCUCGCCGACCGACCGACCAGACGCAGUCGAUCAUGCUCGCCAAGUUCCCCGAAGCGUCCGCCGACCGCGAGUUCUCGGACGCGGAGAAGGAGUUCGACCUCGCUUUCAACGCCGUCCGCGCGAUCCGCAGCAUGGCGACGAGCUACAACCUCAACUCGAAGCUUCAGGUCUUCCUCCUCGCCCGAAACGCCGACUACGCCGCAACGCUCCGCAAGUCGACUGACGCCAUCUCGGUCCUCAUCAAGGGCUGCACGUCGUUCACCAUCGUCGAGAAGGAGGACGAGCUGCCUGAGGGCUGUGUUGGCGAGCUCGUUAGCCAGGACCUGACCGCCUACUUGCUGCUCAAGGGUGUUAUCGACGCUAACGCCGAGAUCGCCAAGUCGGAGAAGCGUCUCACUUUCGCCCAGGGCGCCCUCCAGAAGCUCGAGGCGCAGCGGUCGGCGCCCAACUACGCGCAGACCCGACCAGAGAACGUCCAGGCGCGCGAGGCGGCCAAGGUCGACGAGUGGAAGACGGAGAUUGACGCGCUCGAAAAGGCGAUCGCCAAGUUCGAGAAGCUGAGGGUCUAG